AUGAACUACGAUGAGAAACCGCGUGAGCAGGCGGCGGACCGCCGCCGCCGCAACGAUGUGCAGCAUCAGGGUGGCCUGCCGGAGGACCGCCUCACUUUCCUCCCCAACGACAUCCUCUUCUCCAUCCUCUCCUUUCUCACCAUCAAGCAGUGCGUCGCCCUCUCCGCCACCUGCUCCGACUUCCGACGCCGCCUCCCCUCCCUCAUCCCCCGACUCGACACCUUCCGCUUGGACGUCGGCCUCCGCUAUUGCGGCCACUACACCCCCAAAAUAUCCACCUUCCCCUCGCGUACCCUGCUCCGCCAAUUCCGCAUCGUCCUCCACAACGACUACAUCGACUUCCCCAAAUGCUUGAAGCCGAUGCUCGUCGAGGCGGGCGUACGAGAUCUCAUCGUCGAAGCCUCCAACAACAGAUGGUUCAUUUGCAACGCCAGGCAAGUCUGUGUCUUCGGCAUCAAGUCCAUGAGGAGUCUCUCAUUGAUCAGAAUCCCGAUGAUGUGGUGGUGCUACGAUCGCCGCCCCUCUUCGCCCUUUCCCUGCACCAAUCUCACCUCCCUCAAAAUCGAACUUUGCAUCCUUCACGUUGGUGUCCUGUUCUCCAUCCUCGCCUCCUCCCCCUUUCUCGAGACUCUGCAGCUCAUCCGUUGCGGCGGUCUCGAUCGCAGCACAGACAAACUAAGCAUCCACUCCGCCUCCAUCAAGCAUCUAGUCCUAUUCUCCUCGAGCCCCUUCGUCAACGCCAUCGACAUCCAGGCCCCAAAGCUCGAGUAUCUCGUCGUCGACGUCGUCACUGCGCUGCGCAUUGAAGCGCCCAAGUUCCGGAACGCGUCAUUCCUUCUCCGCCUCGAGCCGCAGGAUGAUCUUCCAGAUGCGUUGAUGACUCUUUUCGGAGCUGCUUUUCCAACGAGAGCCGCUUGGAUCAUGCUGAAUUCUAGCACAGCCCCAGACAUAUUAGCAGCAGGAAAUGAAAUCGAUGAAUUUAUUCCUCCGGAAGGCAAAGAGAAAGCCCUGUUUUUCAACCUCCACUUCAAUCUGAAAGAUCAAUCGUCAACUAUGUUAUUCACCGAGUUGCUCAAGAAGUGCAAUUACUGCAAUACCGAGUUUGAUAUACGUGUAGAUUCUGCAGAUUCGGCUUAUUUACAGAGCGCCAAUAAACCAGCAAUGGACGGUCACUUGCCUCAUGGCUUGACACAAGUAGAGCUAAUUAAAUUACAAAUGAAAAUGCCCACCAAGACAUUUGAAGGGUUUCUCUCGAAUCAGAAUAAGAUAACGGAUGAAUUAAAGCAAGUCGGAUUGCAAAAGUUGAAAAGUCGCACCAACAGCAAGCUGUUCGAAGAGAUAUUAGCAUCUAAGGAGUCUCUGUUUGAAAUAUCUUCCAAUAUUGCUAACUGCAUUGAAAUGAAAUUUUAG